AUGGUGGCCCUGGCCGUCGGGCAGCUAUGGUGGCGAGACUUCGUCUCGGCAGGUUCAACCAUGCCACAAAGAAGAAGGCGUGCUUUGGAAGAUCUAGCAGUACGCCCAUCCUGGAAGGCGAGGAAGUACUUUAAUCGAGAGACUUCAACGGACAUGUCGGUUCCCGAAAGACGAUUCAGAGUUGUCGGUGGAUACGGCUAUGGAGCUCUAAGACGACGGGUUGCGAAUCCUAGAUGUGUUGCAAACCAUGUCGCUGCCCAACACCAUCUGCUCGUUAUGGACUUGAAAAUCUCCCGUCCAAGGAAGAGACAUCCAAGGACUGAAACACAGCGCAUCAAAUGGUGGAAUCUGAAGGAUCGAAAGGGCGUUAUACGCUUGACCGCGGAAAACACUCUGGGAAAGACGACUCUAGGUAAGCCAAAGGUACAAAAGGAUACGUGGUUUUGGAACGAGGAAGUUCAGGCGGCAAUUCGUGAGAAGAAGUCCAACGGCGAAGAGGAGGCUAAGAAGGCAGUCUCCAAGGCGAAGUCGGACCGCUACAAGGCUGUGUACGACAUGCUUGAUACCAGAGAAGGCGAGCGGGCAGUGUAUCGUUUAGUCAGAGCACGUCAUCGCUCAACGUUGGAUAUGGAGCACACCAAGAUCGUUAAGGGAGCUGAUGGAGCCGUUCUGCGCCGCUCUGGUCAGAUCCUGGAGAGGUGGCGAGAGUACUACAGUCACUUGUGUAACGAAGAGUUCUGUCAUCCUCCCAUCCCAACCGUUCCCAGCGUCGAGGGUCCUGUUCUACCAAUUACUGCCGUCGAAGUCAGUGCUGCCCUCGCAAAAAUGAAGUCGAACAAGGCAACCGGUCCUGAUGACAUACCUGUUGAUUUCUGGAAGCUGCUAGGAGAUCGAGGGUCCAUGUGGCUCGCAACUCUAUUUAACAAGAUCGUUGCAGAAGGACGGACUCCAGACGUUUGGCAAACUUCCGUGACCGUGCCUGUCUGGAAAGGGAAAGGAGACAUUGCUGACUGCACCUCGUACAGGCCUAUACGACUGCUCUGCCAUACGAUGAAGGACUGCAGCACUAUAGAUGCUAUCCAUGCUGUCCGAAUCCUUCUGGAGAAACAUCGAGAGAAGAACCGCAGUGUGCAUCUUGCUUUUCUCGAUCUCGAGAAAGCUUUCGACCGUGUCCCACAUGAGCUGUUAUGGAUGUCCAUGAGGUCGCAUAGAGUACCAGAAGAAUAUGUGCGGUGGACGAAGCUGCUUUAUGCGAAGCCUACCAGCGUUGUACGAUGUGCUGUUGGAACAAGCAGGCCAUUCCCUGUACGAGUAGGGGUUCAUCAGGGUUCAUCCCUCUCACCUCUGCUGUUCAUACUGUGCAUGGACACGAUAACGAAGGAAAUCCAGAAGCAGCAUCCGUGGACUCUACUCUUUGCCGACGAUGUCAUGCUCGCGUCGGAGUCUCGAGAUGAUCUUCAGAAACAAGUACAGUCUUGGAAGGAUCAGCUGCAGCAAUAUGGAUUGCGCCUCAACACAUCAAAAACUGAGUACAUGGAGUGCGGACCCAGGAUAGAGGAUGGUUCAAUUCGUGUUGAUGGCACCGAAUUAAACAAGGUGAACUGCUUCAAAUACCUUGGAUCCAAAGUGACUUCCACAGGCGACACUGAUCAAGAGGGUCGAGCACGUGUUAAUGCUGCAUGGAUGAAAUGGAAAAUGGCAACAGGGGUACUAUGCGACAAGAAAGUCCCUGUUCGACUGAAGUCGAAGAUCUACAGGACGGUUGUGCGUCCUGUUGCCCUUUACGGAUGCAGUGCUGGCCGACAACGAAAGCCUUGGAAGAGUGCUGCACGCUAUGGAGAUGCGGAUGUUGAGGUGGACGAUAGGUGUAACGCUAAAAGAGAAAGUAUCCAACGACACUGUGCGCUCCAUCUUCGGUGUCGUCCCGAUAACUGA